AUGUUAUUGGUGUCUACGGCAACAAUUUUCGUCGCUUCCCAAGUAGCGAAAAAGGUUUAUAGAUAUUACUUGGAUUUCAAAAGAUCUGGCACUCCUGAGACAAAUAACAACGACUCCUCCUGCAAUGAAGUCUUAAGUAUAAAAAACCGAGAGAUAAAUGAUGUGAUAGUAUUCUCCGAUGAUGUCGUUCGGCACACUAUAAGGGUGGCACCUAAUAAAGAUUUAACCAUUUGUGAAAGUAGGGAGCUGAAUUGCUUCAAAUUAAUUAAAUACAUUAAGUCAGCACGUGAAACGUUAGACGUGUGCAUGUAUUUGAUUACCAGCAGUGAAAUAGCAGAGCAAAUCAUAAGGCUUGGACAAAAACACGUUUUAGUAAGAAUAAUUGUUGACAGCGAUAUGGCUUUUACACCUCCAUCACAGAUAAGAAAAUUGAAAGAAUACAGUUUCAUCCAAGUACAAACAAACAAAAAAUCUAUUUUGAUGCAUCAUAAGUUUUGUGUCGUUGAUGGUCCAAGAGCUAUAGCUAGAAAAUGUGUCCUAAAAGCUUAUGCGGAAAAAUUAAAUGUCAAUCCACAACCUACUAAAACUUAUGUUAAACCACCUAUCAGAAAUAAGCAAAUAAAUGGAUUUGUGAUGUCUGGUUCAUUAAAUUGGUCAACCCAGGCGAUGGUUUCAAAUCAUGAAAGUGUUAUAGUUACAUCUCAUUCAAAUAUAGUAGGAAAGUUUGAGAAAGAAUUUGAAAGUUUGUGGGUGGAGAACGACCCGGCUUUAAUGACGACAACGAAAUAA